AUGACUCGUCAGGAGAAAGAGCAGACUCAUGCCGAGGCAGAAGAGCACGGGGAGCAUGGACGCACAUCCAUGGGCGAAAAGCUUGAUCAAGUGCUUGAGCCUCACCUGGAUGAAAAGUCAGAUAACAAGCUCGUGGGCAUGCUCAACAAGCGCCACUGGCGCCGAUUUGCAUGGCUCGAAUGGGGGAAUAUUGAUCCUAUCAAGCCGGAAGAGCAGCAGAUGAGACAUCCCUAUGUGAUCGCUUUGAUAUGGGUAAGUAUGAACCUGAACGUGCUCAGCUUUUCGACGGGGAUGGUCGCGCCUGAUAUGGGGUUCGAGUUUCGAUAUUUUAGCUAUACGACAUUAGGCUUCCUUAUCGGAUGGGCCAUUUUUCCAGCAGCCUUUACGAUCUUUGGACACAAACUGGGUAUGCGUCAAAUGGUCCAUGCAAGGUACUCGUUUGGGUACUUUGGAGCCCCUGUACCUGCUCUCCUCACCGCCCUGACGGGUCUGGGCUACGGUAUCUUGAAUGCCAUUGUGGCAGGCGAGACACUCCAGGCCGUAUCGCCUCAUGGGUCGAUGUCCGCCACGGUCGGUAUUGUGAUUGUGACGGUGAUGGCGCUUGCGGUGUCGUUUUGUGGUAUUCGAGUCCUCAAUGUGCUAGACAUGGUGUUUUGGCUGCCUGUGUUGAUUAGUUUCGCCAUCCUGGCGGGCGAGGCCAAAACAGGUCCAGAAGGACUGCAUGUGCUUCCUCAAGAGCCGCGUCCGACGGCGCGCAAUGUUUUGGGUUUAGGUUCCUUGCUCUCUGGCUUUUAUGUGUCCUAUGCGUCCAUGUCGUCGGAUAUUUCGAUGUACUACCACCGCGACCGAUCCUCGUGGCUCUUGUUUGUCAUUUCGUGGAUCGCACUCCUUUUUUCUGCGCCGCCCAUCUUGAUGCUCGGUGCUGCCUUUGCCACGUCGUCGCAGCGAGUCCCUGCGUGGAAUGACGCCGUCAGCAACAACCCAUCGCCUGGGCCGCUGAUGAAUCUCGUGCUGUCGACGCACCUGGGCAACUUUGGCAAGUUUUUGACCGUGCUGAUUGCGCUCUCAGCCGCUUCGAACAUGAUGACGUCCUUUUAUUCCAUUGGCUUGUGCUUCCAAACAGCCUUGCCGCCGCUCAGGAUCUUGCCACGCUUCCUUUUCCCGCUCGCAGCCACAGCGAUUGUGCUGCCACUCGCGAUUGUGGGUCAGACGUCGUUUUACUCCACGCUGAGCAACUUUUUGAGCGUGAUCGGAUACUGGUCGGCCCUCUAUGUGGGUGUCGUUAUAGCCGACUUUGUCGUCAUCCGCCGAUGUCGCAUGUCUUCGUAUGACGUGUCGAUCUGGAACGACUGGCGCCAACUCCCCCCGGGUAUCGCGGCCAUGACGUCGUGCGUGCUCUCCCUCGGCCUCGUGGUCCCGUUCAUGGACCAGGCAUGGUUCACCGGCCCCCUCGGAAAACACGUGGGUGACCUGGGCUUUGAGCUAGGUCUGGCCGUGACGUUUGUAUUAUAUUGCGUAUUGCGCCCUGUAGAGCAGCGCCUCUUCCGGCGCUAG